AUGGCCAUUCAAAUGCGAGGAUCCGAACUUGACAUCACUGGAACCGCGUUUUCCACCUUGCUCAUUGAAGAACUUUCAAACCAAGGUUUUUCUGUCAUCCAGGAUAAUGCUUUCGAGAUUAUCGACAUCGGCGGAAUGCUAAGUGGAGUCUCUGCUGCAGGAUGCACCUAUGGUCUUCCUGGGACAUUUAACUUCAAUGGUGCAAAAUAUAAUGUAUCUACUCAGGGGAUUGUGCCCACCAUCGAAGAGUAUUCCGGCUGUUCAAUUAUUAGUGUAUCGCAGAGGGAGCUUUGA